AUGAAGAUCAAUCUUUUCCCAGCUAUUGUGUUGCUAUUCGCUGUUACGAACGUGUCAAAUGGGAGAAGUAUUCCAAAGGACAAGCUGCUCCGCGAGCGGCAAAUUGAUCAGCUGGAUGCUUUUAAAGAAGUAAGAGAUCUUAGCGGCAUCACCAUAUAUGAUCCUCUCGAAGUCGUCAACUAUCAUGUCAAACGUAUUGAGCCUAUUGAAGGUGGGGAGGGGGCCGGCGAUGGUGCUGGUGAGAGUGGUGGGGGUGAAGGAAGUAGCACUUCAAAUCCUCCCGCUGGGGAAUCAGGAGCGAACGAAGGUGCUGGCGCCAGCGAAACAGGCGACAAUACAGAAUCUGGUGGAGGAGAAGAAGCUUCAUCUACAACACCAGCCGAUACAGCACCUCCGCCACCAGCUCCUGUUCGAGUCGUCGCUCCGAUGCCUGCUGGUCUUGGCCCCGACGAACUUACACUUUGGAAUUCCUUGACGAAUGAUCCCCUUCAGUUUGCUGACACGGACCAACUUAUCCUAUGGGAGGGUACAGCGGCUUACGAAGCGUUGAACGAGUUCAAACAGGCUUUAUCUGCACAGAAUCCGGGCAUAGCAUUCAAAGACAGCUUUGCCUCAAUCGAAUCCUCGAACUGGGAUGAUUACUUCGAGAUUUACGAGGAGUCAUCCUCCUACGAAGAUUGGAAAGAAACUUCCAUACUAUCAAUCAAGUAUGCUGAGUUGCUCGCUAAUCGUCCUCAACAAGUUCAUGUUCUGUAUUCCGUAGCCGAUGGCAACCAUCUCCCUGAUCUUAGGUUUUUAUCUUUCGCCGAAAUGCCCAUUGUCACCGCUCCUGGAUCCUCGAUUCCUCAAAUGAUUCGCUGGGAGGCGAGCACAUAUCAACAGAACAUCGCUAACGCUAACCCAAAUGUGAUUUGGACAAAUGGUGAUGCACAGCUCUCUACACCGAUGGCGGAUAUCACGAAUGAUCCGCAACUCAGUGAUGAGAGCUUAACGUUGGGGGGUUUACAACAGAUCGAAGGUGGUGGUCCCGCACAACGAUACAGGCGAUGGUUGAGAUGA